GUGGGUAGUUUUAUGACCAUGGUGGUAGCUUAACACUCUCACUGUACCGUGGACCUAAAAAUAAUACUCAUUUGAGCCCGAUUGAUCUUAUUUUUGGUCUUUGGGAAUAGUUGUUGUGAGCCGAAAGCGUCUCUAAUAGAAAUAAAAAAGAACAAGUGUAUGAUAUUGUAAUAGACCCAAAGGACAGUAAAGGGAAAUGCAAAAAAGGCCAAAGUGAAGAUCGAAAACAAAGGAGAAGAAAAUAGGAAAGAAGCAAGUCUAUGUAAGCAAAAGCAGAGGAAAACAGAGCUCGGUGCAGAGUGAAGAAAUAUAAAACACCCAAGAAGAAGAAGAAGAUGUAAGUGUGAAGAAGAACCGAGGAAGAACGACUUAAUAAGAAGCGAUGCAAAGCGGAAUUACAGGUCAAUAAAAGAAGAAGAGUGUCACGAAAUCAGAGGAAAAGAAAACAGGAACAGUGAAGAAGAACCAAGGAAGGAGGACUAAAUAAGAAGCGAUGCAAAGCGGAACAGGUCAAUAAAAGAGUGCCGCUAGUUAAGUGCCACCUGAAGAGUGCCACCAGUUGAGGCGCAGAGAUGACGGACGCCGCCCCAGCAGUGCCGCCCACAGCAGUGCCGCCCCCAGCACUCAUCCAGCUCGUGACCCUAGGCGAUGAUGUCACCGCCGUCAGAAACUUGCUCCUGAAGGGUGAGGCCAAGGUGGAUGACACGGACAGCAAUGGCAUGACAGCCCUCCAUCAUGCCGCCUACAAGGGCAAUGCCGAACUCUGCAAACUCCUUGUUGAUCACGGGGCUGAUGUCAACUCAGACAGCCAUGACCAUCGGUAUUCUCCACUACACUUUGCAGCUUUGUCUGGCAAUACUGAAGCAGUGCAACACUUAUUAACAGCUGGAGCCAGGACAUACCAUACCAACACUUUAGGUAGAACUGCCACUCAGAUGGCAGCUUUUGUAGGAAACCAUGCAGUAGUGGCCUUAAUAAACAACUAUGUGCCCAUGAGCGAUGUGACUCAAUAUACUCGGCCAUCAGGACUGGAGAAAGAAGCCAAGCUCCCACCAGUAGCAGCUAAACCCUUCUAUGACCUUAUCAUGCAGGUUAAUCUUCAUCCAGUGAGAAUUGCACUUGCAGUAGGAGCAUCAGAUAUUCUUCAGAAGAAUAUAAACAAGGCAUGGCAUCUACUUGACCACAUGUGUGAAAAGGAAAGUAAGCGCCCAGAGAAUGUUAAUGAGGUAAUCUCCAUGAAGUUUCAUUACUUAGCAUAUGUUCUGAAAACGCUGGAGAAGGAACUUCAGAAAAUGGAUCCAGAAACACAAAGCAACAAAGACACCUGUAUAUUUGAAAGUAUAAUUCGAAAAUGGUUGCGUGGGCGGCCUUCAGAUGGUUUUGAGGAGCAUCUAGAGUACUAUGUUAGAGAUGCUAUCAAGGCAUUUCCUUGGGUGGAGAUGCCGCUCUUCAUUCAGUUAGUACGAAACAUGAGUGGAAGUCAAUUGGGAGACACCUCAGCACUUUGCAUUCUUAGUGGUUGCAUUAAUGGCCAGAGGGCCUUCCAAGAUGAUAAGGCUUGUUCCACUUGUGGCCAAGAAACCAAUAGAGACCUAAAGAAAUGUUCAAAAUGUAAGAUGGCGCAGUACUGUGAUAAAGUCUGCCAGAAACUUCAAUGGCCCAUUCAUAAAAAGUUUUGUGACAAGCUUUAUUUGGAAUAUAAAAGCCAACAGAAAAGGUUAGAAGAAGAAAGAAGGAAAGAGGAAGAUGAAAAAGAAAAGAAUAAAGCUAAUGAAAAUGUUGAUGUAGAAAAAAAAGAGAAAGAAGAUAAAGAAUUGGCCAGUCAGGCAAAAAAUAUUACAGUUUCUUAAAAGUACUGUAAGUCAUUGUUAAAUAAAAUAUAUUUACCAAAUAUUGAAAUGAUUUAUAUUAAUUGAUAGAAGUUUUCUUCUAAUGUCUUCAUAAACAUGAUAUAUAUUAUAGGCUGUAUUGUAUGCAGUGUAGCACAAGGAAUACACAGAUAUGAAAGCAGAAAUUAGGUUAAUGAUUUUAUAUGUUAAGCCUGUGCUGUAACUUUUUUUAUGCAUCUUAAAAUCCUUAAAUGUUUUCAAAGUAUAGGUAUCUUCUGCCACAUUCAGUUAAUUCCUAUAGAGAGAUUCCUCUGAUGUAGCUUGAGCCAGCAACUCCAUCAAAAAGUAUUGUGGGUGCAUGAAAUACAGAUAUCAUCACAUUCUCAGUACAUUGACAUAGGCUGAACAUCUCUUGGUCUCUGCCUCCCUCUUCCACCCACUGUACUCUUAUGUAAUAUAUCUUGGUUUAGUAAUA